AUGAGUAUAUACACACUCGCAUACUUGCACUUUCACUCCGUCUACAAGAACACCCACAGAAUGUUGCAUCUUCCAGACCGCAUACAGAGCGCCGAAAGGAGCAAAACGGUGGCGAUGGAUACGAGCGGUUCAAGCACCACACCCAAUCCUAAACCCACUGCGUUUCCACCGCUCCAGCACAGGAUGACGUUCCACAGAACGAAAGGAUCGUUACUACGCCCACCACCGAGUCAGAAGGUGGACAUUGAUCGAUGUAGCGAUAUAGGACAGCUGCAGGAGAUAAUCCACCGCUUCGACAGGCUGUCUACGAAGAAGCUCCUCCCUGUGGAGACACUGGCAGCGAAGCGGGAGCACGCACAGAGGCGCAUCAGCGAGCUAGAGAAGAGGGAUGAGGAGAAAGUGCACGAGGGUAUAUCCAAUAUGUCAUUGAAGAGUGCCACCGAGAAACCAGUCGACUCGAGCGUCUUCAUGAGCACACACGAUUCACUAGCUCUCCAGAAAGAGGAGGUCACACGACAGGAGAGUGCGCGCAUGAUGAGCGAGGUCGUUCACAGUAGCAGAAAGGCGCAGGAUGAGGCUUAUGCGCAGUUCGUUAGUGAUAGCGAUGAUAGCGAGGAUAGCCAAGACGACGAUAAUUGGCUCUUGCCCUCCUUCUCGCGUCGUAGGGGAGACGCACACAGCGCGCACGAUGAGCAAGAUGAGCAACUCGAACAGAUAAACAACCUCGAUAUCAAUGAGGACGAGCUGACUAAUGCACACGUAGACGCUGCAGGCAGUCUGCUCGAGCGUGGCGAUACGUAG